AUGGUGAAAAGAAAUAUCGAAGUAUUACCGCAGGCUAAAAAGGUAAAAAAACUUAAAAAGAGUGAAGUAAUAUUUACGCCAGGGAUAAGAGGUAAAAUUAUAAUAGAGAAAUAAGCAUAGAAGAGUUGAAUUCUGAUGCAUCCUCAACUGAAGAGAACACGGACAACGAAAUGUAUGAAAAUAUUCAUGCCUCGAUGGAACAAGUUGAAUACUUAGUUAGAGCCAACCCUGAUGUGAGAAAAGUUAAAUAUACCGGAUGUGGGAGACAUAAGGAAAGACAUAAAGCAAUAGAAAAAAUACAGGAUAAUUUGAAAAAGAAUCUGGAAGCGCUUAGUAAAUUCCUGCCAGAGGACACUAUGGACGAAUAUUAUUCAGAAGGAAUCGAUAUUCUCCCAUGGCCUGUAAAUGACGAAUCGUACAGUCGUCUUUUCUUAAGUUUAAGAUAA